AUGUCUGGUUCCAGAAAGAAGCUUCUUCUGAACACCGUGUCCGUGAAACUAGGCUGCGGCACCUGCAGAAGACCAAAGCUUUCUCGCAUAUUCCACCCAAAGCCUAAACCCACGAACCAACCCACUUACCAAAACCACAAAAAACAUUACAACAAUUUCUCGUCUUCCUCUUCGGCCCAAUGGGGUGACAGCACCAGCACCACCCCCACCAACACCAAUACCAACGCCACAUUCUCUCCCUACGUUGAUUCCUCACACUUUUCUGACUCAGAUUCUUACGUGAAGGCUGCGAGAACAGUCGGGGGUUUGGGAAGAGCUGGGAAAGAAGGGGUGGCCGUGGAGAAAGACUCCGAGGACCCUUAUCUGGAUUUCAGACAUUCCAUGCUGCAAAUGAUAUUGGAGAACGAGAUAUACUCGAAGCAAGAUCUCAGAGAGCUUUUGAGUUGCUUCCUUCAGCUGAAUUCACCGCAUCAUCAUGGGGUUAUAGUCAGGGCUUUCACUGAGAUCUGGAAUGGCGUCUUCUCUGUCAGGUCCAAUUCACACAUCAACCGUAAGCCACGUGAGUUCUAG